AUGCUGCCGUACCUGUUCCCUGAGCUGUCCACCUUUGCUACAGUUGCCGAUCUUAUCACCCACCUUCGCACUAGUGAUGCCCGCCUGCGUGCCGCCCUUCCCACUGAGUUCUGCGCUAAGAAUCCCCCUCCACUGUACUGGACACUCCACUUCAUAGUCACCCGUCUCCCUGACACCCUCAGCUCAGUUCGAGACCACUUCCUUGCUCGCUGUCCCACUGAGCUCACAGUCGCCCUCCUAGAGGAGCACCUGCUAGCGGCCGAAAAGAGCAUUGUCGCUGUCGGUGCUGCUCGUGGCGCUCCUCGCACCCCCAUCUUUGAGGGGUGUUCUCCCUCUCCCCUCGCUCCCUCCUACGCUACUGCUGCUGCUGUUGACUUCCUUGGUGCUGAGUCUGCUGGCGCUGCUUCUGCUCCUGGUGGGAGGCGCCGCACCGGCAAGGGCAAGGGGGGCAAGGGUGGCGGGGGUGGCGCUGGGGGGGGAGGAGGUGGGGGAGGUGGGGGGGGAGGCGGUGCUGGAGGGAGCGGUGGCGGGAGCGCUGGUGGGAGUGGGGUCGGCGGUGGAGGCGGGGGCGGCGGAGGGAGCGGUGGCGGUGGUGGCGGCGGCGGCGGUGGCGGCGGCGGCGGCAGUGGCGGUGGCGGCGGCGGUGGCGGUCGGAGCGGUGGUAGUGGUGGCGGCGGAGGUCGGAGUGGAGGCACUGGCUCGGGCCAGAGCUCCCAGCAGCAGCAGCGUCCCCAGACGACCCAGCAGCUUCGUGAGUGGCUUGCUCAGCGUGGGACGUCGGGGGGCAGUGGCCGCUGUUCCUAUGUCAUUCGCACAGGUGACCGCAAGGGGCAGACGUGUGGGAGGUUCCACACCCAGUACCGCUGCUUCUCCCGCCUUGACGACGCUUGGCGUGAGGAGAUGGGCGAGGAUGUUGAGCGCCCCCCCUUGCCUGAGCUGAUGAGGGCUGGUGUUGAUAUCUUUGCUCUUGACUAUGAUGCUAUUAUUGCUGCCAUGUAUGCAUUGACUGUUAGUGCCGAGGGAGACUGUUACUUGUGUGUGCCGCCUGACCCAGGUAUAGAGCCCGCUGCCCUGGCCACUAGUGAGUCUGCUCUCUCUGGUAUGGUGCCCCCUGUACCUGCUCCCUCCAGUGCUGUCCCCGCUGUUUGCGAGUCUGCUCUCUCAGGUACAGCACCCACAGAGACUGCUCUCUCAGGUACCGCACCGGCUGAGGCCUGUCACACCUUCACCCUUGACUCAGUCCUUGCCCAGUCCACCACUGUGCUCCCUUGUCCGGCGGUUCCGUCUGGCUCGUUGUCGGGUUUCCACCUCCCCUCGUUCUCGACGAACCUGGUGAGCAACGCUGUCAUCCAGGAUCAGUGGGUUGACACCUUUACCCCUGGAGGACAGCGUGUGGCGAUCUGCACGUGCUCCAGGACCGGCCGUCACCUGGCUACGUUCACCCGUCGACCAGGGUCGAGUCUCUACACACUGACCACUGCGUCUCCUCAGGUCGCUGCUGUCGACUCUUCUCUGGCACCACCGCCUGGGUCACCCCUCCUUGCCACGCCUCCAUGGCAUGCACCGUCGCCACCUUGUGUCUGGUCUUCCCAGGUCCCUCCCUCCCCUCCCUGCCUCGCCUGCGCCGCCUUGCCUUCCUUGCGUCGAGGGGCGGCAGCGCGCCGCUCCUCACUCCUCCUCGUUCCCCCCGACAGAGGCUCCUCUGCAGACCCUCCACCUGGACGUGUGGGGCCCAGCCCGCGUUCGUGGCCAGGGCGGUGA